GAGAGAGAGAGAGAGAGAGAGAGAGAGAGAGAGGGGAUAUACCCUACGAUCGAUGCCUAUAUAGCUAGCUACGAACGCAACAAAUCGUUCCAGUCGUUGUCUCUCGUCUCAGGAUUAGCCCGCUUUUUUUUUUCUUUUCCUCGGAUUAGCCUCGAUAUAUUCUUCCGAGCCUUCGCCGCGCGAUAUACUCCCACGAUGUCCGCGGCCGAUUAAAUAAGACUGAUCAAUCGACCGUUCAGCCGAUCAGCCUUGCCGGUUCAAUUAUCGCGGCGAGUGCUCGAAGAAAUAGCGCGCGAGACGAUAACGAUUUGUUUCGUCACGCGGUGAUAGGGAACUUCAACAUGUUUUACGGAACGUAAGAGAUUCUCUGCGAGAGUGAACACCGCCGUCGUCGUCGAGCGGAAGCUGGAGAGGAGCGCGCCUUUAAAUAAGCUUAGAUCGCGCUCGAACCGGGCGUCAUCUUGAUCUUGAGACCGCGGUGCAGCAUCCCUGAAGGCUGGAGUCGAGUCAUCGCAGCGGUCGCCGCGUGAAGAAAGUGUUGCCUCCUCUCUUCUCGCGGGGAGCAUCGGAGAUCUCGACCGACGGCGAUAUGCCGCCACAGGAGAAACUCUCCGCGGCCAACGGCAGAGUCCUCGGGGAUAUAUCCUCGAAGGACACGAGUCCUGAGUCCGAUCUGUCGGCCUCGGCCUCGUCCGAGACCGGAUUUCCGGCCGCGAAGAGUGAUCGCAAGAGCGACGAUCAGGAGGACGAUCCGGAGCAACCCAAGGACCUAGACUUCGACGAUCUUCUGCCUCAUAUCGGCGAAUUCGGUACCUAUCAGAGGAUCCUGUUCGUGCUGAUGAUACCAUUUGCCUUCUUCGUCGCCUGGGUGUACUUUUCGCAGAUAUUUAUCACCCUUGUGCCGGAGAAACACUGGUGUCGCGUGCCCGAAUUGGAAAACCUCACGGUUGAGGAAAGGAUUGCAUUGGCGAUACCAGUUGACAAGGAUGGUUAUUCCAAGUGCACCAUGUACGAUGUGAAUUAUACAGAGAUAAUCUUAAACGGGAUCAGAGACGCAGAUCCGAGCUGGCCGACGAGAGGUUGUUCGCACGGUUGGGAGUUCGAUUUUAGCGACAUACCCUACGAGACCGUGGCGACUGAGCUAGGAUGGGUGUGCGAACACAGCGCGCUGCCUACAGCCGCCCAGAGCGUCUUCUUCGUCGGCGCGAUCUUUGGUGGCCUUUUAUUCGGAUGGAUCGCUGAUAGAUAUGGUAGAAUACCGGCGCUGGUCGGUGCCAACGUCACCGGAUUUCUAGCAGGAGUCGCGACCGUGCUGGCCGACAGUUUCUGGAAAUUCGCGCUUUUCUGGAAAUUCGCGCUGUGCCGGUUUUUCGUCGGCUUCGCCUUCGAUAAUUGCUUCACCAUGAUGUACAUAUUAGUGUUGGAAUAUGUAGGACCAAAAUGGCGUACCUUUGUGGCGAACAUGUCGAUAGCUCUCUUCUUCACUUUCGCUGCCUGCAUCUUACCGUGGAUUGCGUAUUUUCUGGCCAACUGGAGACUGACCUGCAUCGCCAUAUCCGUCCCUCUAGUUCUGGCAGUAGCGGCACCUUGGUUGGUGCCAGAGAGCGCGAGGUGGCUUGUCAGCCAAGGUCAAGUGGAGAAAGCCAUCGAGAUCCUGGGUAAAUUCGAACGCAUGAACGGCACGAAAGUGCCCGACAACGUCUAUCAGCAAUUCCGUGAAACUUGCGCCAGAGUGUGCAAGGAACAGGAAGCGGACAAAACUUAUUCUGUAGUGGAUCUAUUUAAGAGUCCUCGUUUGCGAAAUAUUACGAUCCUUCUAAUUCUCAUCUGGAUGGCGAUAUCGCUGGUAUUCGAUGGUCAUGUUAGAAACGUAAAUAAUCUCGGACUCGAUGUCUUUAUGACGUUUACCAUCGCGGCAUUUACCGAACUACCCGCGGACACAUUCCUCACCCUUGUUCUGGAUCGGUGGGGUAGGCGAUGGUUGGCCUGCGGUACCAUGGUAAUUUCUGGAAUUUUCAGCAUUUGGGCGAGCGCGGUUUCAAACAAUAUUUAUUCGGCCACCUUGGCGAUCGUUGGUAGAUUCUGGGUCAACAUCUCGUAUAACAUCGGUCUUCAAUACGCAGCUGAAGUAUUGCCAACAGUUGUAAGGGCGCAAGGGGUUGCCUUGAUCCAUAUAAUGGGAUACGUCGCUAGCAUCCUCGCACCCUUUGUCGUUUACUUGGACAUUGUCUCGCCCGUUCUGCCAUUAUUGGUUCUGGGUAUCAUGGGCAUCCUGGGCGGUCUUCUAACGCUCCUGUUACCGGAGACGCUGGAUAAAGAUCUGCCACAGACCUUACAGGAUGGCGAGGAUUUCGGAAGAGAUCAAAAGAUGUGGGAUAUGCCGUUUCUCUCCAAGAAAAAACCUGCAGACGUGGAAGUACCGCCGGUGGCAAUCUUCCGGUCAUUCGAGCGCAGCAGUCUACGAAGUUCGAUGAGAGCGUCCACCCGCGGCGAAACCCUGAGGAGCAGCAUGAUACAAAGAUCAGCGUAAACGCGGCCACGGAAGCGGAGAGCAAAUGAAUGUCCCAAGGGACGAGACUCUGAUUUUGGAAAUAUUCCUUCUUUCCACCGUCGUUCCUUCCUUCGACAUCAUGUGAUAUAUCGGAGCUAUCAAAAUCAAAUUAUAUUUGAUGCGCACACUCGCAUACAUCUGUAAUAAACCUGCAAUGGUAUAGCUUUAAAUCGGCAAAAAAAUAGAGAGAGAGAGAGAGAGAGAGAGAGAAUAUAUUGUGCGUGCUUUCUUCCAGCAUAUUCUUACUUAAUGAGAAGAAAGGGAGGGGGGAAUUAUGCGAUUAAUAGUAUAUAUUAUUAGCAGGAGUAGAGAGAAGUAGAAAUGUCAAUUAGAACUUGAUUAAAUUAAGCUCUAAUCGGCCGUUCUACAUAUAUUGCUACUGUGAUUUUAUAUCAUAGGAUAUUUUCAAUUUUCCUCACUAUAUUUUUAAUCUUAUAUGUGUGACAUUUCUGAAAUUUAAUUCAAAUUUCGAGAAAAUAGAUAGGGAUUAUACGGGCAGCCAUAUAGGCAGUAUUAAUGUAAUUUUACGAUUUUUUAUUGCAAUAUAUAUUUCUUUCACAUAGUUGUAUUUAGUAAUAAGAAAUUAAGAUGCAGCUAAGUUUAAAAACACGUGAAUCACACACCAAAAUAUAUCUUUUGAAGAGAAAAGAUAUAUUUUCAGAUGCGUCAUUCCGAUCUCGAGGAAUGUAAUCGCAUUGAAAAGUAGAUGAGAGACAGAUGAAAGGCAACUACUUGAGAUAAUGUAAAAUUUCUUCUAUGCAUUUUACAUUCAUCACGUUACCGCAUGUGCAUCUCGUCGCCACUGCUCACAUACAAUAUGAUAUUGUAAUGCAAAUUAAAUUUUUGAACUAUUUCGAGUGAUGCGAUGUGAAUACGAUUGAAAAUUUCGCAUCCCGAAUGACAAAUUUUCGAGCAACAACUUUGUUAUAAUAAGAUACAGUGUCAACGUUUCAGCCUGUAAUCAGAAACGUGUUCGCUUGAAAAUAUUUUUAAAAAUUCAGAGAAAACUCGAUUUAUGUACAGAUAAUAUUUCAUAAUGUAAAUAAGCUAAGAGAUAAUUAAAAAUUAAUUUGUAUCUCGUUAAUCUGUGUUAAUAAACGUCAACUAACUUCGGUCUAA